AUGCCUACAGAAUUCAUUAGCCUUACCUUCCCCAACGCCUCUACCGAGGUCGAGCCUAUUCCCAACGCCCGUAUUGACCCAGACUACCUCGUCCGCUAUGCGCGGUCCCUAGACGACUAUGGCUUCAACUACACCCUCGUGCCAUACGAUUCGUCCUACUUUGACCCCUUCACCAUCGGGGCCACCAUCGCGUCGGUGACCAAAAACCUCAAGAUCAUCAUCGCCCUCCGCCCCAACACCCUCUACCCCACCGUCGCCGCCAAAGCCCUUGCCACCCUGGACCAGCUCAGUCGAGGACGCGCCGUUGUCCACCUCAUCGCCGGCGGCAGCGAUGCUGAGCAAGCCAAAGAAGGCGACUUCCUAACCAAAUCUCAACGCUACGGCCGACUGGAAGAUUACAUCCGCAUUCUCCGACGAGCCUGGGCAUCCGAGAAUCCUUUCGACUGGGAAAGCGAAUACUACACCUUCAAGCAAUUCAGCAACCGCGUCCGUCCAGCGAACCCCAACGGGACCAUUCCCGUCUCCGUGGGUGGCUCCUCCGAUGAAGCCUACCGCGUAGGCGGAUCUCUGGCCGAUAUCUUCGGUCUCUGGGGCGAGCCUCUCAAGGAGACCAAGGAGCAGAUCGAUCGGAUCUAUGCGGAGGCCGAACGCGCCGGUCGUGCACCUAAUGACCGCCCCCGUAUCUGGGUGACUUUCCGACCUAUUAUUGCCGAGACGGAUGGGCUGGCUUGGGCCAAGGCGUAUCAGACGCUAGAGAAGUUGAAGGAGCAUCGCGCGAAUGGACAGGGUAAGGCGCCGGCUAAUGCUCCGCCGCCGCAGAAUGUCGGGUCCCAGCGACUGUUGGAUAUCGCGGCUCGUGGGGAGAUCCAGGACCGCGCGCUCUGGUAUCCCACUGUCACGGCGACAAAUGCACGCGGGGCGUCCACGGCAUUGGUGGGAUCGCCGCAGACCAUUUCGGACUCGAUUCUGGAUUAUGUGGAUCUGGGAGCCGAUUUGAUCUCUAUUCGCGGGUAUGACAAUCUCAACGAUGCGAUUGACUAUGGGCGGUAUGUUCUGCCUAAGUUGGCUACGGUGAGAAAAUCCAGUAAGGAAAAGGAAAAGCAAAUUAGCAAAGGCUUCAACAAAAGCAAACAUAUCCCUCUACAUCCACAGAGAAUACAUGAAUCCGAUCAAAGAAUAGGAAUCAGGAUCCAUGAUAAAGAUAAAGAAAAGGACUACUAUAGCCCCAAAUAUCCAAACUCACCACCUGAAAAGCAACGCCAAGAACUGCACCAUGCAGCAUCUUGA